AGUUUCAGAACGCUUGAUGAAUAUACCACCAUGCCGUUUGGUUAUCUUAGCAGCCAUCGCUUCGUUUUGUGCCAAUUGGUCUUUUGCUUUCCAGAUCACUUAUGUGAACACAUCUGUUGACACAUUUUAUAAACUCGCCAGGACUGCUUACAAACAAUCAAGGGAAUGUUACACGUGUCAACUCCCUGAAAAUGAUUGGCUUGCACAAUGGAGCGUGACUGUCAGCAUGUUCUACCCGGGAACAAUUCUUGGAUUUUUGAUGGUACCGUUUCUAACUAAAUGGAUUGGAGUUAAAAGAGCACAAGGAAUAAUGUGUAUUGCCGCAACAAUUGGCGUUGGCGUACAUUUUCUCGCACUGUCGUUUCUCUCACUUGGUGAAGUCACGUUUGCUACAAUAUUGUCGAUUGGUAGACUCAUGAUCGGACUACAGGCAGGAAGCUCACUGUGUCUUCUGCCUUUGUACAUAAUUGAAAUCAGUCCGGCACAUUACAGAUCGUUUCUGAAUAAUUUUCAGCAAGUCUCACAAUCAUUCGCGACUCUUCUUGGAUUGGUUUUAGGAUCUGAAGAAAUUCUGCCUCUCGGAAGUUCUAGAUUCUUUAUUAUGCAAAUAUCCGCUGUGAUUCCAAUUUUGUUCCUAUUAUUUGUGCUAAUAAUCACACCACCAACUCCAAACUAUCUGAGUCAUUUUCAUCCGGAAUGUAUACACGAAGCAAUUCACUCAAAACUUUUCUACCAUGGAACCGAAAGAUCCAACUCGUAUCGCCCAUUAAUUUCCAACUACGAAAUGAUGGAAAAUAAGUUUACUUCAAAAUAUGCAAAUUAUGGAAAAUCAUGGAGAGAAUCAUUCAAAGGUUUUUUGAUAGGUGCUAUUGUUGCAGCGUCAUAUGCUUUUACCGGUGAUGAUUUAAUUGACACAUUCUCAUCUAAUAUGCUGAUAGGCGAAGAGAAAAGUUCGAAAAAGAUUCAUCAGACAACAGAUACGUUUACUAUUUUAGUCUCGGAUGGGCUGGGAUUAGUUCUUUUCUUUGCCUCGUUGUUUGGAAUAUAUUUGGCUGACCGAUUUGGAAGACGGAAGUUGGUACUUGUUGGUUUAUUUGGAACAUGUGUUGCUAACAUUGGAGCAGUGGUUUUCACAACCAACAAAGUGAUCGUAUCUCUUUGUUUCGCGGCAACAAAAACAUUUAUCGGCAUCGGCUGCGGUGGGCCAGCGUGGUUUUUGACAUCAGAACUUGUCGAUCCGGAAUAUGCAUGGAUCUUCCAACCAUUGUCAACAGGAAUUUUAUUGUCCACAACUAUGAUCGAAACAUUUUUCUACUUAACCGUUGACAAUUUAGUAGGUGGUUACAGUCUUCUCAUUCUUGCCGCCGGUCCCGCACUAGUGGCUGCCAUCCUCAUUUACCUAUAUUUACCCGAAACGAAAGGGAGAUCAAGUGAAGAGAUACAAAAUAUGCUCAAUUCAACAACUUUCAGUGGGAUCCAUACUAAAAAACACAUCAAUGAAGAUUUGUACGGAACUUUUGACGAGAAUAUUUUCUGACAUAAUUGAAAUUAAUAUUUUUAAAAAUCUAGUUUAUUUAUUGAAAUGAACCAAUUACAACUU